ACCUGGUGGUGGCCCAUUUUUGCUCCGAGAAGCGUUUCUCCUGUUUUGCGUUCGUACAAACAAACAACGGUAAUCUUUGUGGUCGCCAUUUUACGCCCUGGUGGUGCUGUGGCCACGAGUUUCGGUCCCUCAUUUGCAACAUCUAAUUCCGUUUCCUGGUUUUGCUGGUGAGAAGAAAAAAGGAGCGCCGCCAUUAAUCUCGUCGGCCAUAUUUCCAAGUCCGUGUCAGCAGGAAUUUCGAAACGCUUUUUAAUGCGACGUUUUAUUCUUCUAUCAUCGGUCUCAAAAAUAGUGAAUCAGUGAAUUAGUAACCAUCGUUCAAGCAAAAGUGUGUCAAAAAUCGCAGUGUGCCUGGUGCAGAGUGCAGCCGCAAGUAAUUUCGCGUUAGAUACGAGAGGUUCAAAGACUGAAGGCGACAGUUUUCUGAGUAGUUCUCAUCCGUGCAAUCUGGUGUAGCACCGUAUUCGCCAACAGUUGCAUCAUGGCGUGCGCCACAUUAAAGCGUUCCCUUGACUGGGAAAGCUUAAACCAGCGGCCAACGAAGCGUCGCAGGUGCCACCCAUUCGGCAGCAGUCCCAGCAGUCAAGGCUCGUCGAUGUCCGCGUCCUCGUCUCCCUCGUCCUCAUCCGCCAGCUCAGCGGCGGCAGUGGCCGCGGCCGCCUCUCGACGCGUCAUGGAACCGAAACCGUCACCCUUCGCCGAAGCCACCUGUUCCAAGCUUACUCCAGAAAAAAUGGCACAAAAUAUAACUGAAGAAAUCAAAAGACUGCACCGCAGAAAGCAACUCACCUUCAACAGCCACAACGUCGAGCGCAUGCAAGAUUCCGAAUCCAGCGGAUCUGAGAUGGGUCCUGACAGUCCCCGCCGGCCCGAUAGCCCACCGAGCAUGGUGAAAAACCCCGAGAAAGCUCUAUUCACGUUCAAGCAGGUACAAAUGAUAUGCGAGCGUAUGUUGAAAGAACGAGAGGAUGCCUUGCGGGAACAAUACGAUGCCGUGCUGACUACGAAACUAGCCGAACAAUAUGAUGCAUUUGUGAAGUUCACAUAUGACCAAAUACAGAGACGUUACGAAGCAGCGCCAAGUUACCUCUCCUAAUCAGGGAAUCUUUUUGCCAGCACUAAGAAGACAGGCUACGGUGGGGGAGCAGAGCACUCACGUAAAAUAUUGGAGCAGAAAAAAACAUAAAUUGAUAUCGAAAGAUUGCGCAGAAGUAGCUUCAAAAAUAGGAACAAGAAUAAGAUGGCGGAAAAGAGGUCCCCAUAGGAUUCAGAUAGGAGAAGUAAAUUUAAGGUAACAGCACACACAGGCCACACCAGAGAAAGCACAGCCUACAACAAUGUGUGGCAAUCGUAAGAAUGGUAUGGAUUGAGCAGCCUUGUGCACCAUCGACGUAUAGGAAAAAUCAGCAACUCACAGCCAAAAAACCGCAACUACAUACGCAGACGGAUCGUAAGGAUCGUAGAAAAUCUCUUCGAACAAUUCGUUUGCUUCUUCCAAAACCAUCUGCAAUCAACGCCCUUCUAAAAAACAUAAUCAUCGUCGUGACGCUGCUGCUGCAAGCACAAUCCAGAAGGACUGUAGUGUGCGGAAUUGGAAAUGGUUUAUCUUAAGUGACAUUUGUUGCUUUACUUCUCUCUGUCUCUAUAUCGCUUCCUUCGAGAAUCAUCAGCAAAUGGAGAGACACUGUUGUGUCGUUUCGCGGCAUAUUAAUUAGACUUCUUUUUUUUUGUUUCGCGAUUCACUUGUCCAAUUUGACCUUAGCUAGCAGAGUUUGCGGCAGGGAGCGAUAGUGAGUUCCAAAAGACAGCAAAUCGUAUAUGAAUAUUUCCAUUGUUCUUCACUGAACUGAAAUCUAAAUUCGGAUUAGUUUAUAAAAUGUGGCAGCAGCAACAUGUACGAAAGACGAAAGAUACCAACAGCUGUAUGGGGUUCCCGUUUGUUGUCAAUAAGUUUCGAUUUGUUUAGAUAGCCCGUAAGUUAGAACCUUCUUCCCUUCGUGUUUUGGGUUGCGACGAUUCGCGCCGUAGUGCACUCUGGUGAGUGAUUAGAAUUUGUUUUAUUUUGUUUUUGCCCGGUACCGAUGGCGUUAGUUUCAUUCUUCAUAUUUGUUUCGUUACUUUCCUUCUAGUUCCAAUUUCCGCUACCCUUUGUUCCGUUUAAUAUUUUGCUGUUUUCCGCCAACGUUAAUACCCUGUUUGCGUUCAUAGCACUGAACUUGCCUCGAGCGAAAAAAAAAUUGAAAUUGAGGAAUUCUUUGAUAAAGGUUUAGGGUGGGCGAACAUAAGCCUUACACGUCAUACCGUAACCGUAUCUUUCGAUCUGGUGAAAAAGGGGGAGAUGGAUCAGGAUUGCAAUCGUAGUUAAACUAAGUUACGCCGUAUUCUAAGGAAAAUACACAACACGUACUAGUAGGAACAGGACUCAUUUGAUAUAAUAAGCUAGCACAGAAGCCAACGAUUAUUUAUAUGACUUCUUGUGUAGCUUAUGUGCAUUAGCAGUCGUGGAGUAGAAGGAAUCUACUUUCCAGUCAGUGUGGCUCGACCUCUCUGUUUUUUUGUUGGCUUUUCGGAUGUAGAAACACGCAGACGUGUCUUGUGUUUGUGCGAGCACAGCGAAAAUAGAUGGAUUUUUUUUGCAUUUCAUUAUCCCAUUCAACAAGUCGUUUUUUUCAUUUUUACGUUUUAUUUCACCUGAAAAAAACUUUCGUAAAAUCUGGAAGAACCCCAAAAAUUGAUUGUCGUUGAAUGUGCAUUAUUUGCGUACAAAAAUGGUUCACUAUUAGCGAGAAGCAUGAAGUUUCGAAUCCGCCAAAGGGAAUUCCGGAGAACGAGCAGCAAGACCCACAAAGGAAAUCGAUCGAUUCGAUAGAGAAAAGCAAAUGCAAGGGAAAAGACCUAAGUGACGUAGGCGACGUAGAAUAUGUACACAAGACCAGCAAGGGGGCGACAAAAUCCGUUCUAUUCAAUAAGUCGUUUAUACACAAAAGCUAUAUGUUUUAUACGAAAAACAAAAAAAAAGAAACAAGAAACGAGUGAUUGGAGAUGGAGAGAAGGUUUCUCGAGUGUAAGAAUGUUUCUGUUGCCUCGAAUCUGGCUCGUGUAAAGAACUAGUAGCGGGAAAGUUCAACACUGGUAAGGCAUAGCAAUGAUGCCUUUCACGGGGCCAGCAAGAAUGGAAUCGUAAGGGACAUAGUGAUGGUUUAAUCGGUACAAACGCAAUAGAAAAUCCCCACAUUGUGAAAUGUAAAACUCUCCUUCCGGCUAGCAAAACAACCAAACCAAGCAAAAAUACACGGCGCAAGGGCGAACAUUGGGUGAAAUUGUACGCUAUUACUAUUAUUAAUAUCGCUAAUUACUGCUACAAUUACUACUACUAAUACUAUUACAACUAUUACUAUGACUACCUUGCCGCUAGAAGAGACCUUCUUAGUCGCAUUAUUUGUUCUCUGGUACAGAAAGGUGGUAGGGCCGGGGAAUAUUCGGUUUCCUCGAACGGAAAUUACCUUUGUGCUGAGUUUUUUGCAACAUUCUCGCGAGACAUUGCUUUCUAACACCAUAUACGCGACCAUAGAGUACACUCCCCUUGUUGCGCAAAUUAUGGAAAAAACCUAUUAGAUCAAAACCAUUGACAGCGUACAGAGGCACCAUCUUUUCUCGCCGAAAAAGAUAGAGGGGAUCACGCAAAAGUUAGACGGAAGGAAACAGGAUAACACCACACAUACAAAACAAUAGAUUUAAUAGGCACAAAAAAAGGACCAGAAUACGAUCGUGUUUUCGGCGCUGUGUUCAAUUGGCCGGUAAAUGGAUUUGCUUGUGGAAUGCAUGGUUCGGUGGGUGUUUGAAAGAUAUAUCAAAGAUGUAGGCAUAACCGAGACGUAAUCAGCUCUUAGUGUUGCUCUAGUGUUGCCAUAAUUAGUAGUAUACCAACGUACAACCACCAAUGACCGCUCGAAACGUUGCUGUCCUUACCAUAUUGUCGAUUCGUUUAACUUUCCAGUGUCUGAAGCGGCUAGGACUGCGUAUGUCUGCAUUCUAGCCUAGCCAACCUUUCUUUUUCAAUUCCUUAUCGAAUCACUUUCUCCAUUUAACUUUCCGUACAUUUCUGGAGCCUUCGUAGAUUGUAAUAAGGGAAUGAGUGCGCGAGCGAGCGAGCGAGCAGGAAAACAGAAAACCGAAAAUGCAAUCAAUAUGCCACUCUACUGAAGAGGCGGCCACAGACGAUCUCUCCUCAAUCGGUGAUUAUCGAUCACAGAGCCACAAGAGCACACAAAAGUGUAGUGCGGGUGUAGCACAAGUAAUGGCAGAAAGGGUUCUAUCGAAUAAAGCGACCAUCUUCCGACGCUUCGGAAUAGCGAUAUGGAUAGUGCAGGGGUGCACCUUAAGAUGACAGUCGCGAUGGAAUCCAUUCUUUUCCCUCUGUUUCUCCCUACCAAUAAGCAGCCGUGGGACGAGGGCGAUGGCCCCGAUGAAAUCGGAAUUUGAGAUAAAAACUAAUCAUUUACUCGCAGUUGGUGAACAGAGAGCGAAACAGGCAGAAGGGCGACGCGGUGUAGUGUGUAAGUGAAAGGAUAUGCUGCGUAACAUUACUUCUAGGUUACUAAUGCUGUGUGUUGCGUAUAGGGUAUCAGGAGAAACAAAAGGAAACACCGAUCGGGUUGAGGUGAAAUGGGCUUAAGGAUCUAGACGGGCGAACGUGCGUUGCUGCCUGGGAGAUGAAGGGGAGGCAAAACUAGGUCACUAAUCGCAGCAGCAAAACUAUAUAACAAUAUACAUGAUUAGAAUAUACAACAUGUAAGCUAAAGUAAACCGCAGAAAAGAAACAACACACCAUGAGUAAAGCAAAGCAGACAAAGCACUGAAGAAAACCUGAAAUUUGCUGAAAGAGAGAACGAGAAAUGAAGUGUGGUAAAAUUUGUACUUGUUUAAUUUUCUUCUUAUCCGUGAAACCAUAUGAUGACCAACCAACUGUUUGGCGUUGAACAGAAUGUACAAAUUACUUCGUGUGGAUCAAUUUAGGGACG